AUGAAAACAACUUCUUUAUCAAUUUGGAAUAAUCAUGGUCUUCAACAUCGAAGUAAUAAUAUUUGUGAAGGUUUUCAUAAUCGAUUAAAUCAUCGUAUUGAAAGAUCUCAUCCCAACAUCUGGUCGUUCAUUAAAUGCUUACAAGGAGAGGAAUCUCGAUUCAGACACAUGCGGAUACAAUUGAACGCUGCGGCUCAAGGUCGACCAAAAACAGCAGCGACUACUGCUAUACAACAACGUAUUGAUACAUUAAAUGAACGUUAUUUAAAUAAUGAAAUUAUUCUUCAAGUACUAUUAGAUGGCUUGUCAACAGUCAUGGUAAAGCAACAUAGAUAA